ACUGUCAGAAACUCAUUGCAAGUCAGUGACCCCAUAGAAUCUUCUGCGGACCUCUUAACAAAUUCCUCCUAAUCGGAAAUAUGACUUCUUCAAACCCAGACCAGCGACUGGACCAUCUCCUUAGCGCCGUUGAAAGCGAAUUUCAGAAGGGCAGUGAGAAGGGGGACGCUUCCGAGAGGGAUAUUAAACUCGGACUGGAAGAUGCAGAGUUAUGGACCAAGUUUAAAGAACUAACAAACGAAAUGAUUGUCACCAAGACUGGAAGGCGGAUGUUUCCAGUGCUAAGAGCAAGCGUUACCGGAUUGGACCCCAAUGCCAUGUAUUCUGUCCUCUUGGAUUUCGUAGCGGCAGAUAACAACCGCUGGAAAUACGUGAACGGCGAGUGGGUUCCCGGGGGCAAGCCCGAACCUCAGAGCCCUAGUUGCGUAUACAUACAUCCCGACUCCCCAAACUUCGGUGCGCACUGGAUGAAAGCGCCUGUCUCCUUCAGCAAAGUCAAACUAUCCAACAAACUCAACGGAGGAGGACAGAUCAUGCUGAAUUCCCUGCACAAAUAUGAACCGAGGAUACACAUUGUGAAGGUUGGAGGGAUUCAGAAAAUGAUCAGCAGUCAAUCAUUUCCUGAGACACAGUUCAUUGCUGUUACCGCUUACCAGAACGAAGAGAUCACUGCUCUGAAGAUCAAACACAACCCUUUCGCCAAAGCUUUCCUGGAUGCCAAAGAGAGGAGUGACCAUAAGGAUGUGCCAGACCACAGUGGAGAUGGUCAACAGUCAGGAUACUCACAACUUGGUGGUUGGUUCCUGCCAGGCAACGGGCCUAUCUGCCCCAGCAGCAGCCCCCCUCAGUUCAGCGGGACCCCGGGCCACUCCUCCGGCUCCUACUGUGAACGCUACUCCAGCCUCAGGAGCCACAGGGCCGCACCCUACCCCUCCCACUACCCCCACCGCAGCACUGGCACAAACAACUACAUGGACAACUCCUCGGGGACUCUACCCACCCAUGACAGCUGGUCAGCGCUUCAGAUCCCCAACUCCACUGGUAUGGGCACACUGGCGCAUACCACUAACUCCACCUCCAACACCAGCCAGUAUCCCAGCCUAUGGUCAGUGGCUGGAACCACCCUCACCCCCUCAGGCUCCGCCUCCGGUUCCAUCGCUGGCGGGCUGACCUCCCAGUUCCUGCGAGGCUCCUCCUACACGGGUCUGACCUCCUCGCUGCCCGUCUCCUCGCCUUCCUCCAUGUACGACCCCAGCCUGACCGAGGUGGGAGUUGGAGACGCCCAGUUCGAGAGCUCCAUCGCUAGACUCACCGCGUCCUGGGCCCCCGUGGCUCAGAGCUACUAAGAACGGCCGGCCCAUCUUCCUCCAAACGUCCUCCACGUCAUCCACCCUCUCCUCCCCAGCUGAGUGCCGGGUAGUUCAGGAACAAUGAGGGCACAGGAACAGCAGCGACCCACCUUGUGGACUGGAGCUCGGACAAGGCACAGACCUCUCAUACUACAGAGAAACAAGCUCCCACUGGCUCUGGGUUUAUACCAUUCCAUUAGGUUAUUUUAAGACCUGAGACUGUACUAAGAAAUUAGAGUCUUAAUCCAAACCCCAUUCAAGUUUAAUGGCAACAUGCAAAAGUCUAUGGUUUUAGGACAGUCUGAGGUCUUAGAAUGCAGUGGGUCUUUUGUUGUUCCAGAAGUAGUCUACUCCCCUAAAGGUGCAAUUUGAAGUGAAAGACUAUCAGGGGUGGUCCAUUAGAUCCUGAUCAAACUGUGUGUGUGUGUCUUAUGUAGUGUGAGGACUCAAGUUAUCCAGCACAGCUAUGUUUCUACCAUAAUUUGACAAUCAUACGCUGGCAUAUGGCAAUAAUCCUCAGACAUGUGCCAUGUUCAGGUUGAUCACCACAAUCAUUCCAGCCAACAGGAAUAUGAAGCAGCCCCUUAAAAACUGACCAAAGAGGCCAAUCUUUACUGUAUUAUUGGUUAUUGCCAUGAGGUGUGUUAUUAUUAUAAGGUAAAUAAGAAGAAGUAAUCAGUUGUCCUAACAUAAAAAUGUUUAUAUGUGUGUAUAUAGAAUAAAUUAACGUCAAUUUUGAUUGUUAGCCAUACAAAUGUGCCUUUUUUGCUUCCAAUGUCAAUGUGUGCUUUUCUUGGUCUGAAGGAGAGAAAGAAGUGCCUUGUACUUUCACACAGUUGCCCAGGGGAAAGCACAGCAUGUACAUGAGAUGUAGCUCCGAAGCACUGUGUCCUUCCAGUUCCCUCCGCAAAAACACAUGUACAUAUCUAUCUAUUUGUAUUUUGACUCAUUGUGAGU